AUGAAUAUCAUUCAUUUUUCUCAUGUCAAAACUGAAUCAGAAGACUUAACUAAACUUACUCCAUCUUCCACUAAAACAACAUAAUUACUUUAUCCAACUCAAGAUGACAUUAUUAGCCCAAUCUAACCAAAAAUAAAAAUAAAAGAUAGUUUCAAUGAAUUUUUAGAUGGCCGGAUAAAUUCAUUUUAACUUCUCUAAGCAAAUAAUUGUCCUAGACUUCAUCAAUAAUAAUAAAUUGAAUAAUAUGAAAAAUUAUAAAGAGAAAAAGAAGCUAAAGGUAUGGUAAUUUUAGGACCAUUACUCAGAUUUAAACAUAAAUAUAAACAUGUUAAAACUUAGUCUGAAGAAAGAAUUAAUUAUCUUAAAACUAAAAUAGCAGUCCUUAAUAAUUUAAUUAAAUCGAAGGUUGUGAAUAGAAAAAAAGACAAUGAUGAAAAACGUAGAAGAAGUUUGUAAAAUGUUGGACUACUAAAAUCUAUUGUAGAAGCAUCAGAAAAUAUUAAUAAAAAAAUUGAAUAGGUGGAGACAUAUGAAAAAAUGAUACCAUAAAUGAAAACAUUAAAAACUGUAACUAUUAGUUAUGAUAAUUCAAAAAUGUAUCGUAAAUAAUAACUGAAGUCAAAAUUAAAUUCAUAAACUUCAACUAACCCAAAAUUAUUUCUUAAAACUUAAUUAUAGGAUUCAAGUAAAUAAUUUUUAAAAGAGCUAGAAGAUAUAAAUGAAAAAAAGUAAUAAAAUUUAGAUAGGCUUUCCAGAAUGAAAUUGCUAUCUGAUAAUAAAUUACAAAAAACACAUUAGUAUGAUCUUUAUGUCAAAGAAGUCUUAACAUAUAAGGAUAUUGAAUUAUACGAUUAUUUACAUCAAUAACCACAAUAAGUUUCAUAUCGAUGCCAUUUUACAAAUUAAGGAGAAGAGAAUUUAAAUUUAAAUCAACCCAAUCCAUAAAUUAAAUUACAAUAAAAAAAUAAGAAAAAGCUUAAAACUUUGACUGAGAGUAAUUUUAAAUAAAUACUUGAUGUCUCUGAUACAUCAUCUUUAUAAUCAGCAUAUGAAAUACACUUAGAUAAUUUGUAUUCUUAAACAAUUGAAGUAAAAAAACAAUUGCUAAAGAAAUCUAUGCUUCCAAAGAGAAUUCGUUAAAUGAUAAAAUUAGAUGAAUUAGGAAAAUAGACUCUCCAUACUAGUACUCACAAACUUAAACAUUGA